CAAGUCCAGAGAGUCCUGAUUCUAGGCCACCCACAAGCCGCACGCCCUGUUCUCCACGAGGGACACUUGUCGCCUCCAACCUCUAUCCACCCAAAACGCACGACGGGUUCUGGCUGCGAGAAAGUCAUGGACGACAGCAGGGAGCUUUGUGGCAACGGGGACUACGAUUUCUACAAGAAGGCCUUACCUGAUGAGGACUCGUUCACGAAGCCCAUUCUUGUUGCUACCUGUUCUGACCAGCGUGAUCAGUGGAAGGGUGAAGCCAGAUCGGUCCACAGCAUGGGUGUGGAAAAGGCGCCCAGUCAAGAUCCGCGGGAGUGCUCCGCGUUCCGUCCAGACAAGGCGGCAGGGGCGGGUCAUGAGCGAAGCUCAGCUAAUCGUUCGCGGCCCUUGCAUGAGCCCUGCUCGGGAGCAGGCCCUGUCUUGGUGCCUCUCCACAACGCUGAUCCCUGA